AUGAUAGGAAAAAUCAGUUGGGCCAAACUCUGUUUGCCUUUCUCAAGAGAAGGCAGCAGAAAAGGGAAAGCAGAGAAGGAGAGAAGCUUGAAGAGUAAAUUACCAGUUAAUGUGAAUGAAGAGUACAAAAAAGCCUUCAGGACAAAGUCAUACAUAGACAUACGCGACAAAGUACAGUGCCAGCUUGAAACAAGCUGUGUUCUUGAUGAAGACCAACCAUCAUCAUCAUCAUCAUCAUCUUCUUCUUCUUCUUCUUCUAUUAAUAAUGUUGAGUACCUCAAUCUCUGUGAAUUUCUGCUCGAACCCCACCAAGAAUCCUUAGUUGCAUUGAACCUCCACCGGUUUCUGGCUAAUUACUUUGAGAUCAGCAACGAAGCCAGCCGCAUUUGCGGGUCCCUUCUCGCGAGCAUCCGUCAAGCUCGACUCGACCGGAUUUCAAUAAAAGACGUGGUAUCAUUCGUUCAACAAUCGCCCCAUUGUUCGAAUUGGACUCAAGGCGAACAACGCGCCGUGUACGAAAAUCUCGUCUCGUUCGCAUCGAAGAAAAACCCGUUCUCGCAGACAGGUCCCCCGAAGUUCCAAGAAUUGCACAAUGGCCACAUGCUAUUGCUCCACAACUUGAUAUCAUCACAAUGCAAGAAGACUAAGAAGAGAAGGAAAAAUAUUUUGAAAAGGGCAAUUGUGGGUUUUACAGUGAUGAUGGGAUUUGGUGCAUUGGCCGUUGCACUAUUGCUAGUCUCUAACCCUUGCUUAUUGGGCUUGGUGGCCCCACCCGGGCUGGGUAUAUGGGCUUUGGCCCACUUCAUGAAGAAACGGGUUGAACCAAAAAAGCUUGUGGCGAAGGUCGACGCGGGGGCAAAAGGGGUAUUUGUGAUCAUGAAUGAUUUCGACACGAUGAGUCGGAUCAUGAAGAGAUUGGAUCACGAGACGGAGCACGGGAAGUUCGUGGCCGACAUUUGUGUUCGGAAGUUGGGUGAAAAAAUGAUGUUAAAGGAAGUCGUGAAGGAAUUUGAGACGCACGAGACGUGCUUCAUGGAGCAACUGGAGGAGUUGGAGAAGCAGAUAUAUCUAUGUUAUUUGGACAUAAAUCGGUCCACAAGGAUGGUUACUAAGGAGAUGAUGGUUAGAUGCUAG